ACGACGCAAAGAGUCCGUUCAAACUCAAGCCGUCACCUAAGAUUAAAAUACAAGUAGGGGACAGCUUAACAUGCAUAUUGUCAGGUAGACCUUUUUUGAGGGAGUUUAGAAGCCGCUGGGUGAUUUCAAACUGUCUUAAGCGCAGGACUGAGUCCCGCUUUCCAGUCAUGUUUGUGAGGAAAGCACGCGCCAUCGUAGCCAGGGUGCAUGCGCCGUGGUUCCCUUCCCAAGCCACGCGUUAGCCGCCUGCGUGGGCCUCCAUUGGAUGCUUAAAGAACAAAGAUUGCAUCUAAUGUAAGGAGUCAAACCUGUAUUGGAUCUUCCUUUCUCUUAUAAUUGCUUACAACAUGGAAGAUGAUGACAGUGCAAUGAUUUGGGAAAAGACAAAACUGAGUGUAGCUUCUAUUCAGCACUCAAUAUCUGGCAUUCUAAAGCCAGGUAAAACUGAUGGGUGUAGCAAAAACCAGGCUGCUUCUUCAGUGACCAAAGAGGCAAGACAACUGGUUGCCUUGUUCCCUGUGAUGUCAACUAAAAGCUCCACACUGAGUGGUUGCACAAGCAGUGACAUCACAGCCGUUCUGGAGAAUGAAUCUGUUUGGAGUCGGUUUCACAGCUUGGGCACAGAGAUGAUCCUCACAACACAAGGCAGACGCAUGUUUCCAUGCUGCCGCUUUAGACUGAACGGUUUGGAUCCAGAAAGGAUGUACCUACUGAUCAUGGAUGUCGUGCCUUUAGAUGGUUUUACUCACAAAUGGAAUGGAAAGACAUGGGAACCUGCUGCAGUGGGGGAGCCAGAUGUGCUUGGGCGGGUGUGUGUUCACCCAGAGUCCCCAGCCCGGGGUAGACAAUGGAUGGAGAGCCCAGUGUCCUUUUACAAGGUGAAACUAACCAAUAACUCCAUGGACCAAGAGGGCUGUCUGGUUUUGCACCCAAUGCACCGCUACCAACCACGACUUCACAUUGUUCCUAUUGAUUCAGGCUCACAAGAGCUCAUUUUGCUUGACAGCCAUGAUGUUAAGACAUUUGCUUUCCCUAAAACAGAGUUCUAUGCAGUUACAAGCUACCAGAACCCACAGAUCACCCAGUUGAAAAUAGACUGUAACCCUUUUGCCAUGGCCUUCCGAGAAGACAGACAGAGCAUUCGCCUACUUCAAGACAAACUCAGGCUCUGCUCUCCUGGCGGCCUACGCUCACGUUCUGCUGUACUAGGUUUGAACAGAGAUACCAGUGAACAAAGACAAAUGAGCACAUUAAAGAAUGCAGUCUCACCCUGCAUUAAAGACCACAGCAUAAAAUGUUCUUAUCCAGAAUCAUUGUCUAUGAAAAGAGAUGAGGGGAUCUUCACAAAAAUAAGGAAUACCUCAAGAUGUCAGAAUAGUGUUGUUUCAUGUAAAGAGGAUGUGAACGGUAGAGGCAAGGAACACCCAAUAGAGCCAGCACUGGUUGAGAAUGUAGCACCUUUGGUUGUUGAAUUAAAUGAAACUGUGUCCUUAGAACAACCCCCACAAACUACUGAUGGACCUGUUUCUUCUGCCGCCGCCACCGAAAGUUUAAAAUUUGACUCUAAACACGUAGUUAAAUCUCAGAUCACCUAUGCACAUGGCAAAUCACCUACAAAAUCAUUCAUGACUGCUCAUGUUCCUCAGCCUCUGGAGAAAGUGAAGCUGAAGGUUGCUGCUGUUUCUCUUCCCAGGCUGCAUUUCCUUAACAGCAGUCAAGUAAACAAGCAGAAUACUCAGCCACCUUUUUUGCACAGGCGUUUCCAGAGGGGGAGGAAAGCAAAGGCAAAAUGUUGGUCUACAGUCAGGUGUUCACAAGCCCCUCCUCCUGUAGUUGCCCCUCUUGAUGUUUCCUUGCAGCCAGACCUUGAAGAUGUGGAAGGAAUGUUGUUUGUGUCUUUUGCUGCAAAGGAAUCCUUAAACAUUCAUAUUCAGAACAUGAAGCAUGUGGAAACAUCUCUGCAUCCACAGUCUCAAACUCAGAACCAGAAAGAUAAAGAUGAAAUUGAAGAUGUCAAUCUUUCUAUGGAAGAGAGACUUUUGAUGUUGGAGAGCACUUUACUACUUGACCUGAAACAGCAGAAGCACAGACAGGUUAUUCACCCAGUACUACAGGAAGUUGGUAUGAAGUUGGGCCUCCUGGAUCCACUGCUAGGCAUAGACUUGCGAUACCUUGGUGUGUGCUUACCCUUACCCCCACCUGUUUACGGCUGUCUAGAUCAAGUGCACUCCAUGAGCCUCACAUCUUCCUAUGAUGCAGCUGGUUCUUUUGUGUCUCGGACUGGCAAAACAAAUGAUCCCACAAAGAUAAAAGGCUGGCGAGACAAAUUUAAGACCAAGACAGUACAGAAUACACCUGAAGGUCUGAGAAACAGUUCUGCAUUCUGCAGUGACAUGCUAGAUGAGUAUCUCCGGAAUGAAGCUCAGCAGAUCACCGACCGUGUUGCUGUUUUCUCCAAGAGUUCUACGCUACCUGUUUCCUAUCAGCUUCCGUCUAAGAGCAGCAGUUAUGUGGUCACUCUGGAUAGUAUACUUAAGAACCGAUCUGCGUCUGUACUGCCAAACAAGACUGACUGCAAUGCUCCAAAUGAGACCCUGCCCACAUCUUCAAUUAGGGGGUCGCCAGGAAAACCUGUGUCUUUAUUUACAACAGAACAACAAAAAAUGUUUGAGGAAAAACGGAAAUGCGCUACUUUUGGGCAUACGCUUCAAAGCCAGCCACAUGCGACGUCUCCAGUUAAAGUCACUAGUUCCUCUGGACUCCCUUCAAGAUCAGUUAUAAAGAGGAGACAUGGCAGGCCUCCACUGAGAAGGAACUCCAGUGGCACAAUCGACAGCCAGAGCAAUGGUGGAUGCCAUGUCAUGACUCCUGGUAAAACCCAGGCGCAGAUCAUGCUGCAGGGCAUGGAGGAGGAAGCAUUAUUUAAUGGCAAAGUCCGUACACACAUUACCUACAAGAGGGCAACAUUUGCCCUCAAUUCAUUGCUUACUUCCCAGAGUUCAGUGAGGAGGACAGAGUUCAGCAUGCUCCAUCAUAAAGAAGAUGCAUGUCCUAAAGACUUCUGUCACCUGGGCUGCAUCUGUGAUAGCUUGCACAGGGAGAUCAGAGGGCCCAUUCACUGUCAACGGGUGGAAUGCAUGUUUGAUUGCAGCUGUUUCAAACACAAGGUCUUUCUGAUACGCCCUCCAGGAGUGACCAACAUUCGGCAUGGCAGGAAAAAAGCACUGAUGGCUUUUUCCAUCGCAGACCCAGAGAAGGAGCCCAGGCCGCCACCUGCACUCAGUGUCACCUCCUUGUGGAAGAGGAGGAAUGCAGAGCAAGACCCUGAGCCCUUAUUUGUGCCUGAGCCAGCACCUUGUAUUAAAAUAGCAUCUCGUUUGCGUGUCUAUGUUCCACGUCCCACUCCUCAGAUGCGUGAUGAGGAUAAAGAUCCUGUGUACUUGUAUUUUGAGAGCAUGAUGACAUGUGCUCGUGUGAGAGAGUACAACAGUAAUCCACCUACUCAGGUUCAUAUGUUGCCAUCCAAGAGGCAGAUGCAGGCAGCUAAAAAACUUAGUCAUUCUUUUGAAGGCAGUGUCUCAUCCACCUCUCAAAAGUUUGCAGAAGCUGCAGAGCUCCCUGAAGCUAUGGCCUUUGUGGUGGAUCCAGGUGAACCUGAGCCCACUAAACUACUGGAAAUCCUGUCUGAGUGUAACUGGGAACCUCAUCGGAACUCUGUGCUGAGUGCCCUGUUCAGCCGCAUGAGCACCAAUCACCUCAUAGAGCCUUUCUGCCUCGGGAUUUACAGAGUGCAGCCAUUGUCCACCACAUUGAAAAGAGGAGAGACGUGCUCCACAGUCACCUACACUGUGUGCAUCUCUCGGGCUGAGGAAACAAAGGUGACUGAAGACCUUCGGCCAGCAGAAAAGACGAAAACCAACUUUUCAAAAACCAAUGAAACGAAAUCUGAAAAAGUCUCAGCUGAACUUAUUUCUUGGAGCAAAAUCGGCAUCAGGAAGAAGAAGCAGGUGAAGAUGCCUGCUAAAAAGCCAUCAAGACUUCUCCCUUUGCUCACUCGUGCUGCUUCUGCUGGGUAUCUCAAGGCUGAAAAGAAGAAGCUUGGAAGCUCUGGUCUUGGGCUAAUUCAGGUGAAUGGCAAAAUGUAUACUCAAGCCAAGCUGCUGAUGGGUCAGAUGGGGGCCUUGCAUCCAGCUAAUCGUUUUGCAGCUUUUGUCACUGGAAGGCUCAGGCCCCAGCCUCAAGAGCAACCUAAAGUUGCAUCUGCCGUUCCCAAACACUUUUCUGGAAAAGACCCUGUUGAGCCUAAUGCUCUACCCAAAGUGACGAGCAUUUCAAAGAUAACUACUUCUAGUUCUGAUGUAAUCAGACCUUCUCAUGCCUUUGUCGCUGCCCCUACCCCUAAAACAGGAUCAAAGCUUAAUCCCUUGAGUGACAUUGCCAAACUUGUGGAGUGCAGUACAUCUUUGAAGCAGGAUGCUCUCAUAGCACCUCUGGCUCCAAUGCCUGGUAAACUCACUGUUAAAUGCCCUGUUAUACCCGAUGGCUCCAAAUUUCUUCUUGUGCCAGUUGCAUCACCUGGAGGUGCUGCUGCUCCUUCAGUAGAAAGAACUUCAUGUGCCGUUCUCCCACCCGGGCAGCCAGUGGUUCUGCAGCCUGUACCAGGAAUGCCAGGCACAAACUUCUUCUGUCAGUACAAUGGUCAAAUGUUCCAACUGGUACCCAUCACCCCAGGGCCUGUCAGUUCCCCAAAGUCCUGCUCUCACAGUGAAGGUACCACUCCACACAUUAUAGAAAAAGCUGCGGACUCAGGCCGGCCUAAUGACGACACUGCACCUGUACAAAAACCUUGGAAAGUCAGUCCUGCUACAAAGCCGUCACUUAAGUCUUUGCCAUCCAUUGCACCCAAAAUGCCAUCCCUGUCUGUAAUGACUGGCACGAAUAUUGUGAAUGACACACCAGCAUUUAAUACACUGCCUAGUUUUCCAGCUAAAAUGGGAACGGUUUCUUUCCGGUUAUGUCCACCUUCUGGUGAGAGCAAGUGGAUAGGAUCAAAGCAGGUUGCUAAACCUCCUGAUCCCUGUAAUGGUGCUGCUUCUACUUUGGUACUUCCGGGAGGUUUCUCGCUCAUUCAACUUCCAGUAGGGAUGCAACCUCCUGCACCUCCAGCUAUUCCUUCAGAUGCUACCUCUGCUAGUGCUCUUGUAGCUGAACUGCCACAGAAUGAUGACUGUAUGGAGAAAUCCAUUUCACAGAGUGGCUCCCCUAAUACAGAACAAAAAUGCCAGACAUCAGAAAGCUGCACUAGUUCACUUAAUCUAGAAACAGAGGCAAGUGGUUUAAACAAUGGAAACAAUGUCCUGACUUCAGGAAGUGUUAACGAAGACAGCUUUAUGGAGAAAAACAUAGAGUCAUUAGGUUCCAAUGAUGCAGCAACUUGUGGCAAUUAUGACUGGGUACCAGAAGGAGCUGAGCGGGUAAUCAAAAGUACUGAUUGUGAAUCAGAACUUGGGGAUUUGGAUGACUGGCCACCCAGUGGAGCAGAGCGAAUUUUGUGGAUAGAUGAGGAUGACUCAGCUUCUGAAGAUGAGAAUGAGGAUUUAAAUGAACAGGUACAUAAGAAUUCUAAUACUCCUGCUGAAGGCCGAGCUUUUGCAGAAGCUAAUGAUUUGAAGCCUGCAGCAACAACAGGAACUAUUAAUGUUUUCUCCAGUGCCUGCGGUGAAUGUCCUCUCGGGGACGAGGACGAACUUUCAUGUGAAAAGACUGAGACUUCAGAAAGCCCCCAUACUCAAAUUAUUUCCAUAUCACCUGAAACAAAUGAUGAACAAACAUAUGAUAAACAGAAAUGUAUAGAAAUCAGCUUCCCAUCUAAUUACCAAGAAAUGAUCCAUAAUGAGCCAUACAUAAAUGCAAACACUUCCAAACAUGCAAAUGACAGUGCCCAAAGGCCAACCUUUGAUGGUUCUUCGAUUCUUAUUAAAAAAGAGAUCAAUAAUGAACCAGCACAGACUUUGCCCAUCAGCCCCCCUGAUGAGAGUGAACACAUUCUGGUGCGACAAAAGGGUCCACUAGUUCUCGUUAAAAUUGAACCUUAUAAUGAACCAAUACAGAAAGAUAUGGUUGCUAACCCAUCUGACAUUAGUGAACAAGGGCUUGUCCCUGAACAAAGCUUUCCGGUCAUCAAUAAAAUACACAAAAAUGUACUUUCCAACCAUUUGGACCAAAUCCCUGAAGGUCAUUCUGGGCUUUUCGUUAAAAUAGAACCAUGCAACGACCCAACCUGGAGAGACACAUGCUCCAAAAACUCUGUCAUCACUGCUGAACAAGAGUCUAAUAAUGAUCAUAUGGCAACAGUAAUUUCUAAUCAUGUCUGUAAAGGUUUGGUAUCAGAAAAGAAUUCACAAAUUCUCAACAAGGAAUUGCACAAUAAUCCAGUACAAACUGAAUUAAUAAUUUCUACUUCUCCCAACAACACCGAUGCUGUGCAUCAUUUUCAAGAUGGUGAAGAUGAUCUAGACGUUGAUGGUGAUGCUCCAUGUCCUUUAUUGGAGGGUCAGACACCAGCAGCUAAUGCUACACUGGCAGCAUAUCUGCCGAAUGUGGCCUCAAGAAAAACUGACCCAAAGGUGCUUUCUCUUCGUACUGUGCUUAAAUCAUCCAAUGGGAGUAAUGAGGUGUCACGUGAAUUCGCUAAGCACUCAGACAAAUGCACUGGGAUAUCUAGAAUAGCUGAGCAUGUUCACAGCAUGGAAGUUCCAGAACCAAAGGAGCAAAUGAACUGGAACAAGACACAUUUUGCGAAGCCAGUACAAGAGUUAUGGGUAGAUGAAGAGGCUGAUGUGGAUCUGGUGAGCUCAGGUGAAACUGAUGUACAGCUGAGCAACAGUUCUGAGUUAGGCAGUGAUGAAGGGGAUUCAAGUGAGGAGGAGGAGGAUAAUGACUCAAGUAGUGAUGAAGAAAGUUCCAGUGAAUAUGAAUCUACUAGUGACAGUGGGACAACAGAGGACAGUGCUGACCUAUUCAGUGAAGAUGACGACGUUGACAUUGAGUCAUUUGAUGAAUAUCAGGAAAAGAUGAUUAUUGACAAGAUGGAAAAUGAAUCACAGAAUAUGAGCUUAAAUAGAGCAGCCCAAUUUAGAGAACAGCUUGAUCAUGGAACAGAUAUUUUUAACACAAUGAAGAUUCUGCCAGCACGUGUGCUAGCAAAGCGUCUAAAUCACACUGAGAAGGAGCGUGCUCGCCGAGGUGAACUGCAACAUGCUUUCGUUUCACUGAAAAGAGCAUUGAACAUUGAGGAGCAAAUCAAGAUGUGCAAACAUGACAUUCUCAUUCAGGCUCGAUUCAUGAUUCGGGCUCUGGAGGACAGAAGGCAAGCUUUAAAAGAGAAGAAAAAAGCAAUGCUUCAGAGACGAUCAGCUUACAUCAGGAGAAUCGCAGAGUUAACUGCAAAGACAGAAGAGACACCAUUGAGGAAUUUGAUGGAACCCUCCGAAAGAGAAAAGCAGUGUAAGAUUCAAAACCUGCCACUAACUUCAAGCCAAAUAAACCACAAACGUACAGACAGCGACGGCAACAUACUUCCACCUCGUUUUGGACGGUGGAGAACCAUCAAUUACAUACGCAAAACAACCAAGAAAUCUAGUAGGGAGCCAGCCAUCACCACAGAGGAUGUAGUACUGAAAUUUCUGGCACAGAACCCCACUGGUCUACCUCCAAUACACAACAGCAAAAAACCUUCAACACAUCCCAGGCCAUCAGUGAAAUUUACUUUGCCAAAGAUAGUUUUGCAGUCCUUUGACAAGACUCAUGCUGUAGUAAAGCUCAUGAGUGCUGAACACACUCCUCUACCAAGUUCUUCUCAAGUCACAGACUACGUCGAUCCGCCAGAGCAAGGAGUGGAAAAGGGCAACUCCUCAAGGUGUUGCGAAGGGAUGCAGGGAGCUUCAUUGUCUAAGGACUCGAAUAAGGAAAAUCCAAGUUCAUCCCUACCAGACAGUGAGAAUGCUGUCCAGAAUAACACUAUGUCUGAGCAAGGUGGGCUGGGGAAGGUUAAAAAGGCCUCUGAAAGUUUGGGGAACAUGAAGAAAAAGAGGUCAAAGAGGGAUGUGGUCAUAGAAGAUGCCUUAUCCAACCCUGAUGCCUUAGGUCCAAGACAGCUUCGGAACAGAUCCCUUGCAAUCAGUGCAAUUCCCACGACGAGUACCCCAAGAAAACGAAGGCGGAGGAUUAUAUAGAUGAAAUGUAGUGGAUUGUGAUACUACAGAUUACUUUCUUAAACUAUAGAUUUAAAAGAACCAAAAGGAAAAUCUAAACACAUGGUUUAUUUUUUUUUUAUGCAUUUCUAAAAAGCUGAGGUUUGAAACGAAUUGUAGUUCACAAGACUAUAUCACAUGUGCCUAGUCAUGAAUCCAAAGAUCCUCUCAUUCGAUGGCUGCAUACAGUCCACCAAGUGAUUGAUUAAAAAAAAAAAGUAUUAAAAUGCUUUUUCUUUUUUCUUCUCUCCUGAUGCUGUAAAAUGUUUACCUGUGCCUGAUAUGCAGAUUAUUUCAAGAUGGCAUUUGAGCAAAACAUUAAAUUAAUGUAUGAAUAUUACAUGCCAUCGUUUAUAAUUCACUGAAUCCCAUAUUGGGGUUAGGCUAUUACAAUUUAAUUUCCUUUUGAUGUGUUCUUUAAUAGGCUAUGUUUUACCUUGGUGCUCAAUGUUUUGUAUUUGUUUAUAGUGAUCUUCUUAGCACACAGUACGUUAAUUCAGAUUCACUGCAAAAAUAAAAUAAAAUAAAAUUAUAUAUAUAUAUAAAUAAAUCAUGUUUCUUACUGAUUGUCUUAAUGCUAUCAUACAUGUUUUGUUACCAGGGAGGGGAACUGUUUUAACUAAACAGAAGUGAAAUAAUUGCUUUCUUAAAUAAAAUAUGCAAAGGAAAAUAAUACGUUGAAGACCUGAAUGUUUUCAGAGCUUUGGUGUAGAAUAUACUUUUAAAAACAUUAAUAAUUGUUCAUUAAAUAGAAUAUUGUUAAUGUAAUGUGAUUGGUCAGCAGUUUUCUCUGGGUUCUGUAUGUUUUCUGCAACUUUUCUGUAUUAAAGAGUGCUUCUUGAUUACACUCACCAUUUUGUGCAUAAUGACAGUUUUAAAGUAAGGUGCUUACUGUAAUCUUAGC